AAUACGAAACCCCUGGAUAGACCCUCGCAUUAAACGUUCGCAAAAUUCUUCUUCCUCCUCCGUUCCCGGGGGAUCUCGUCUUUUCCGUCUUCCACUCUCUGCCUCCAUUUCUGGUUUUCUUUGCCGUUUGGGAAGCCCUAGCAGCACUCGGCCAUGGCGGAAUCGAGCUCCGACGCAGCGGGCGCUUCAUCUGGGCCGAAAGGCGCAAAGAAGGAUUUCAGUACUGCAAUUUUGGAACGUAAGAAGGCUCCCAAUCGGUUGAUUGUUGAUGAAGCUGUAAAUGAUGAUAAUUCUGUCGUUUCAAUGAACUCUGAGACAAUGGAUAAGCUCCAGUUUUUCCGAGGGGAUACCAUCUUGAUUAAGGGCAAAAAGAGGAGGGACACAGUGUGCAUUGUUCUUGUUGAUGAUACUUGCGAGCAGCCAAAGAUUAGAAUGAACAAAGUUGUUCGUUCAAAUCUAAGAGUACGCCUAGGUGAUGUUGUUUCUGUCCAUCAAUGCCCUGAUGUGAAGUACGGGAAACGUGUUCACAUACUGCCAAUUGAUGACACAAUUGAGGGCGUUACAGGAAAUCUAUUUGAUGCUUAUCUGAAACCAUACUUCCUGGAGUCCUAUAGGCCAGUGAGAAAGGGUGACCUUUUUCUUGUAAGAGGAGGAAUGAGGAGCGUGGAAUUUAAGGUCAUUGAAACAGAUCCUGGAGAAUAUUGUAUUGUUGCUCCAGACACAGAGAUCUUCUGUGAAGGAGAGCCUGUUAAACGUGAGGAUGAAGAGCGAUUAAAUGAAGUUGGCUAUGAUGAUGUGGGUGGUGUAAGAAAACAGAUGGCUCAGAUUCGUGAACUGGUUGAACUUCCACUCAGACACCCCCAGCUGUUCAAAUCAAUUGGGGUGAAGCCUCCAAAAGGUAUCCUGCUUUAUGGGCCACCUGGUUCUGGAAAGACAUUAAUUGCUAGAGCUGUUGCAAAUGAAACUGGUGCCUUUUUCUUCUUAAUCAAUGGACCUGAAAUUAUGUCUAAAUUGGCUGGAGAAAGUGAAAGCAACUUGAGAAAGGCCUUUGAGGAGGCUGAAAAGAAUUCUCCUGCUAUCAUCUUUAUUGAUGAGAUUGACUCCAUAGCCCCCAAAAGAGAGAAGACACAUGGUGAAGUGGAGAGGCGAAUUGUGUCCCAACUGUUGACUUUAAUGGAUGGCCUUAAGACUCGAGCACAUGUUAUUGUUAUUGGAGCUACCAAUAGACCAAACAGCAUUGAUCCAGCUCUUAGAAGAUUUGGAAGGUUUGAUAGGGAGAUUGAUAUUGGUGUUCCAGACGAGGUUGGGCGGUUAGAGGUUCUCAGAAUACACACAAAGAACAUGAAGCUUGCAGAUGAUGUUGACCUGGAAAGAGUUGCAAAAGAUACACAUGGUUAUGUCGGAGCAGACCUUGCUGCUCUUUGUACCGAGGCUGCCCUUCAGUGCAUUCGGGAGAAAAUGGAUGUCAUUGACUUAGAGGAUGAUGCAAUUGAUGCUGAGAUUCUUAACUCAAUGGCAGUAACAAAUGAACAUUUCAAAACAGCUCUGGGCUCUUCCAAUCCAUCUGCUUUACGUGAAACUGUUGUGGAGGUUCCUAAUGUCACAUGGGAGGAUAUUGGUGGCUUGGACAAUGUGAAAAGAGAACUUCAGGAGACUGUACAGUAUCCAGUUGAGCAUCCUGAGAAAUUUGAGAAGUUCGGGAUGUCUCCCUCCAAAGGAGUGCUAUUUUAUGGUCCUCCUGGCUGUGGUAAAACUCUUCUUGCAAAGGCUAUUGCAAAUGAGUGCCAGGCAAAUUUUAUUAGCGUGAAGGGGCCUGAGUUGUUAACUAUGUGGUUUGGAGAGAGUGAAGCUAAUGUUCGGGAGAUCUUCGACAAAGCCAGGCAAUCAGCUCCCUGUGUCCUUUUCUUUGAUGAACUUGACUCUAUAGCAACUCAGCGUGGAAGCUCUGUUGGAGAUGCUGGUGGUGCUGCUGACCGUGUAUUGAAUCAAUUGUUGACUGAAAUGGAUGGCAUGACUGCAAAGAAGACUGUCUUUAUAAUUGGAGCAACAAACAGGCCCGACAUUAUUGAUCCUGCCUUGCUUAGGCCUGGUCGUUUGGACCAGUUGAUUUACAUACCCUUGCCAGAUGAAGCUUCUCGACUCCAAAUCUUCAAAGCAUGUCUACGGAAGUCACCUGUAUCAAAGGACGUCGACCUUCCUACCUUGGCACGCUAUACUCAUGGUUUUAGUGGUGCUGAUAUUACUGAAAUUUGCCAGAGAGCUUGCAAAUAUGCUAUCAGAGAGAACAUUGAGAAGGACAUUGAGCGGGAGCGCAAGAGGAACGAGAACCCUGAGGCGAUGGAAGAGGAUGAUCUAGAUGAAGUUCCGGAAAUAAAAGCAGCACAUUUUGAAGAAUCCAUGAAGUAUGCUAGAAGAAGUGUAAGUGAUGCUGACAUAAGGAAGUACCAACUCUUUGCUCAAACAUUGCAGCAGUCUCGUGGGUUUGGAUCAGAAUUCCGCUUCCCUGAUAGACCUGAGUCUGGUUCUGCUGCUGGAGCCGCAGAUCCAUUUGCCACUGCUGGAGGUGGAGACGAUGAUGAUUUAUAUAGCUAAGACAUGAAUACCUGGACUGCGCGCAUCUCCAGCAAACAUAUGAUCUGCAAAGUUCAUCCUUUUGGUGCUUUCCUUUCUGAAAAAUUGUUCUAAUUUUUCCUGAAUUUUUACUUGUUGAUGCACUCAACGCAUUUAAGUUUACUUGAUCUUACAGAAUCACAAUGCUAUGAUUGACGCCUAUGGAAUAUAAACUUUCAAUUCAACCUUCAAAACUGCCGUAGUGCAGGCACGAAGAGAUUGUACUGAUUU